AUGGCUGAGGGCAAUCACAGCAUGGUGACCCAGUUCAUCCUCCUGGGGUUGACGGAUCGUGAGGAGCUGCAGAUACCCCUCUUUGCGGUGUUUCUGGUGAUCUAUAUUCUUACGCUGGUGGGGAAUCUCGGGAUGAUCAUGUUGAUCAGGGUUGAUCCCCGACUCCACACCCCCAUGUACUUCUUCCUCAGUAACCUGUCUGUCAUUGACCUCUGCUACUCCACAGUCUUCGCUCCGAGGAUGCUGGUGAAUUUCUUAGUGGGGAGUAAAAGCAUUUCUUACUCUGCCUGCAUUGCCCAACACUUCUCCUUCAUUAUGUUUGUGACCACAGAAGGGUUUCUGCUGGCCGUGAUGGCAUGCGACCGCUAUGUAGCCAUCUGUAACCCUCUGCUCUACACUGCUGUUAUGUCUAAGAGAGUCUGUUUUCGUCUAGUGGCCGGCUCAUAUGUAGGGGGGCUCGUGAACUCACUGACCCACACAUGUGGCUUGCUGAGGUUGUCAUUCUGCGGGCCCAACGUCAUCAAUCAUUACUUUUGUGACACUAACCCAUUGCUGAAGCUCGCCUGCUCUGAUAACCGCAUCAAUGAGAUUUUGCUCAUAAUGUUCUCUGUGGUUCUUGCCACGUCCACCCUCCUGAUUAUCAUCAUCUCUUAUCUGUACAUCUUCUUCUCUAUCCUGAGGAUCCGCUUCGCUGCAGGCAGGCGGAAAGCCUUCUCCACCUGUGCCUCUCAUCUGACAGCUGUCACCAUGCUCUAUGGACCUGUGACCUUAAGCCACAUACAACCCAGUUCCACCUACUCGCUGGAACAGGAGAAAAUCUCUGCUGUGUUUUAUACCCUGGUGGUCCCCAUGCUGAACCCCCUUAUUUACAGCCUGAGGAACAAGGAGAUUAAGGAUGCUCUUAAGAAGGUGGUAGACUGGAAAAACAUUCUCAGCUAAUUUGUUCACCAUGACAAUUCCAGUCAACUGAGAAGAACAAUUGGAAGAAGGAGAGGAGUAUCGUCUAUGUGUCACUGCCUUCAUUUGUGUAUCUCAAAUGUUGUACAGGAAUUAAAUGAAACUCAAAGAACUGAUGUAGCAUGUGGAAAUUAUGUUUUACAAUUGCUUGAGAGGAACAAUGUUACCUAAUAUCCUGUCAUUUUGUGACUGUUGCAACAGACAUCCUUCCUUGUUUCUUGACCAUUAAUCUAUUUGAAAUGCUGCCCUGAAGGGUUAUCUGAGAUUUAAAAUAAAAUAA